AUGGAUGCUGCACAGGAUAUGUCCUGGUACAAACCUGUGAACAUUCAAGAAGUCACCGAGGAGAAAAUAACGAAGAGUAACCUGUCUCCCGCUGGAAAACAACGCUUAAGGGAGAUACUAUCAAAAGCAGACAUAGCCCGGUUCAAAAACGACUGUGGUGACCUGGGGGAUAAAUAUGUGUACACCAUUGAAGGAGGGGUGCACCCCCCCGUGCGCCAGUACCCGCUGAACCCAGCCGCAAUAGAAGAAAUGAGCACGAUAGUAAAAGAGUUGGUGGCAUUGAAAGUGAUCAGGGAAGAAGCAAACCCUAUCACAAAUAGCCCGAUACAGGCUGUGAAGAAACCUGAAGCAGCAGGAGGAGGGUGGAGGCCCGUGGUGAACUUUAAAGCAUUGAAUCGGAGAACGAUAGCAGAUAGAGCCAGUCUGAUUAAUCCUCAGGCAACGUUGAAGACUUUGAAACUGAGGAAGUAUAAGUCUUGUAUUGAUCUGGCGAAUGGUUAUUUCUCUGUGAGAUUGGCAAAAGCAUCACAGGCAAAGACGGCCUUCACUCACAAAGGAAAAAGUUAUGUAUGGCUGAAAAUGGCACAGGGUCUGAAGACAGCCCCGGCCUUCUUCAGCAGAACAAUCAUGGAGAUUCUAUCGGGCAUGGACGCGGCUGUCUACAUUGACGACGUUAUGAUCUGUGAUGACACAGAGGAACAGCAUCUACAACAUCUGGAAGCUGUGAUUGACAAAUUGACGGCAGCAGGGUUAAAACUGAAUCUGAAGAAAUGUCAACUCGGGCAAUUCAAUGUGAAUUAUCUUGGAUUUGAGGUGGCUUCAGAUUUGGGCCUAUCAGACUGUUUUCGUGAGAAAGUGGACAAUAUAAGGCCUCCCAGAACAAUGAAUCAACUGCAGAAAAUACUGGGAUUGCUGAAUUAUGUGAGAGAUCAUGUGCCUGGUUAUCAGAAGCACGCUAAACCACUUUAUGACAAACUGAAGAAACAGCAGAAGCCAGCAGCGUGGCAGUGGACCGAAAUAGAUCAGAGGAAGUUGACCCUGCUACAGGAUGCGGUGAGAAAUGCUGUGAGACUGGAGCCACGCAGCACCACAGAGAAACUCUUGGUGCAGGUUUUCUGUGAAGAAGAUGAUGCAAUGGUGAAAGUCUGGAAUGAUAAUGGAGGGCUGGUGUCCCUCUGGAGCUACACAUUGUCACCAGUAGAGCACAAAUACCCACCAGAAGAGAGAGAACUCGCGGUGCUUGCUCGUUACUGGGCAGGACUGAAGGAUCUUGCACAGGGACAGGUGAUAAAAGUGAUAACACAAAGUCAAGUGCAUAGAUUCUUAAGAAAAGCCACAGUGGAGAGCACACGCGCGACCAACGCAAGAUGGGGCCGAUGGGAAGACAUGCUGUUAGAUCCCGACCUGGAGAUUGGGCCAGAGGAGCCGCUAAAAAAGCCCAGGCAAGAGAAGGAGGCCCCACAGCUAGUAUAUGAAUGGAUAUUAUACACCGAUGGGUCCAAAAAAGGACCAGACCAGACGGCGUUUUGGGGGUACAUCCUGAAAAAUAAAGGAGAAGAAAAAUUUCGACAGCGUGGGCGCGUUCCAGGAAGCGCACAGGCUGGAGAAGUGACAGCAGUCUUGGAAGGACUGCUGGAGUGUGAACGGAGAAAAAUUAAACAGAAAGCUCACGCAAAAGAAGGAGAGCACUGGGCAGAGAAUAAAGAGGUGGAUAACUUUGUCCAGUUGCGGAAAAUUGUAUUAGUUGGUGCUGAGAAGUGGGAACGAACAGAGAAAGGAAGAAUCGUUCCCAGUGAGUGCAUAAUGGAGACCGUGAUGGCUGUCCAUGAAGAAAUUGGCCAUGCGGGGAUUAAACCCACUCGCAGGGAAUUGGCGAAGCUGGAUCUUUGGAUCAGAGAGAAGGAAAUAAGGAAAGUGCUGAGAGAGUGCACUGUUUGUGGUCAGUUCAACGCUGGAAGAAGAGUAAAGAGGUCAGAUGACCUCACAAUUAAAAGCACCGUGCCAUGGGGCUCAAUCUGCAUGGACGUGGCAGGGCCAAUGGGAAUCUCAGGGAAACAGGGAGAACGCUAUCUGAUUGUGCUGGUGGACUCUAUGUCUGGGUACAUGGUAGCAAAAGCAACGUACAAGGAUAGGGCUUCUGUCAGGAAGAGCCCUGGGGAGUUUGAGGAGAGCAAAGGAGGGGGUCGUUUCCGAAGAGAAGGAGAAAUUACAGUGGGGGAGUGUGAACAACUCCUGCGCCAUAUGCUGGACACAGAGUGGAUUGGAAAUUCUGUGGGAAGGGCUCGUGGAGCCCUCGUGGAAAUCAUAGUAGUGGAGGGAUGGCAAGUGCGCAGAUUUCUGGACGCCAUCCAUUAUCGGACCCCGAGGCUGGAAGAGGCCUGGAGAGGAGGCGAGGGGAUCGGCAGACGAAGAAGAGGAUGGGAUUACGACAGCACAGUACCACCGGAGCCCCAUGUUUCACAGUGGGAGGAAAUUCUGAGGAGCUGCUGGCCUGACACGGUCAGAACAGGCCCCAGACCAAAUGCUGUGGUACCCUCUUUCCCUGUUUUUAAGGCAUGUGGAAUAAACUACAUGAAGGAGUUUGACCACAUGAAUUUGUCAGAGGGGAGAAUAUGUACAUGGAGAGAGAUUUUGGAUGAAGUCUUCACAUGUGGAGAUGGAGUGCAGGAGCUGGGCCCGGUGCCAAGUGAGAGAGGUAUACGAAGUACUGCUCUCUAUUCGAACAUGACAAGUUUGGAUGCAUGGGGUUCGUCCACCACUGUCUCAGUUGGACGACACAAGGAUUACCUGGUCUCCACUGUGGAGGGUCAGGUAAGCGAUGCCAGAGCAAUACGGGUGAUGGUGAAGUCUGUGAUUCACCCACAGGGAGGUGUGGUUUCAGUGGGAGCAGGCAUCUCUGUUUUAACAGAUGCAUGGUGUGCUGGAACAGAAACUACUACCAAAAUAGUGGGACGAAAGUCAUGGAUGCAGAGGCUCCGCUCUUUGGGAGCGAGGCUUUGGCCAGGACGGGACGAAGCCACACCUGCUCAAGAGAGGAAGUAA